CCAUUAAGGCAGAGGUGGAGCUCUGGCUCCUGAUUGGUGGGUGUGUGCGCGUGCUGUGGGAAGUGGAGGGGCCGUGGGGUCGCUCCUUGUCGGGUCCGGGCUGCAGUACUGCGCGUAAGGAGCGCAGAGCGCGCAGAGGAGUUGAGCACCGGCUUGGACUUUACCGAUUCUGUCUCUCCGUCCGACCUGAGCGUCUCGAUGACGCUUGGUUCUUCUUCGUGAGUUGUUCGCCAUGAACUGCCUGGAUGUGAUGUACCAAGUGUUUGGUCCUCAGCCUUAUUUCAGCUCCUACAGCCCCUACCACCACCAGAAGCUGGCUUUCUACUCCAAAAUGGAAAACCCCCAGGAGCUCAGCAGCCGACUCGGCCCCUCGGGGCCGCCGGCCAUCAAAGAGGAGGACAAGGAGCUGCCGCCGGGCGCCGAGUACCUGAGCUCCCGCUGCGUCCUGUUCACCUACUACCAGGGCGACAUCAGCACGGUGGUGGACGAGCAUUUCAGCCGAGCCCUCAGCCAGACGAGCGCGUACCCGACGCCCAGCGGGAACAAGGCGCCCAGAGACGGCUCCUUCCCCAUGAGUCAGAGGAGUUUCCCUCCAUCGUUCUGGAACAGCUCCUACCAGCCGGCGGUCUCCUCCACGCUGGGCGGCGCUCUGUCCGCCCCCCAUGCAGACAUCUCCUUCCCCGCCGACCCCUACUCCUCCAGCUCCCUGCACAGCCACCUCCACCAGCCCAGCCCCGACACCUGGCACCCGUCGCACCACCACCAUCACCACCACCACCCUUAUUCGCUAGGGGGCGCCAUUAACGCUCAGAGCUCCGCCUACUCUCGCCCAGGCGUCCACGAGAUGUACGGCGCGGCGUUCGACCCGAGGUACGGCUCCCUGCUGGUGCCGUCGGUGAGGUCGCACCACCGGCUGUCGUCGGGCAGCUCGGUGCCGGGGCCCAGCACCUCACCCUGCGACCUCGGCGGGAAGGGGGAGUCGGGGACGGGGUCGGCCUGGAGCGGCGCCUUCGCCGGAACUGGAGCGGAGAUCGGACUCAACAUAGACACAGCUCUGUGCUACAGUGGACUGUGCAGCAGCGGCGGCGGCGGCAGCAACUGCAGCCCUGCUGAGCUGAAUGCCGACAGCGUGGAUGCUAAGCAAGCGUGGAUUCAGAAAGCCAGGAGGGAAACCGAUCUGAACGGAUACGGACAAAGACAAAAGCCUCUGUGCUUCUGUGACAGGGAGGGACUACAUUCCUGAGCUGGGAAAAAAAAGAAACGUCCGGAGGGACAGACGGACAGAAACACAUGUGGGUUUCGCACUCGAAAGACUUGGCAGACCCUUCCUUACUGGGAGUGUGUUAUGGCUAUGCUGGUGUUCAGGACGGACCUGGCAGACGAUGAAAGCAGGAAUAGUCUGGACACUUUGGGGGGAAUCGCGUUCCGACUGGACAUAUCAGCUCAGAAACAAAAAUCAGGAUUUUUUGGACCUUAACUGAUUUCUGAAGCAUUUUAGCUGCAACAUCAAACCUCAUCCACAUCCAAACCGUAACGAAGGUUUGAAAACGGCAUCAAGGCGAAGCAUGCUAACUGUAAAUCCUGUUUUAUGAGUGUACAGUCACAUUGUCCUUAAAGGUAUUGCACAAAGUGAAUAAAUUUCAAGUCUACAGAUUCAGAAAGGAUCGCAGCGAACAAGGUUUUAUUUUUUAUUUAGAAAUCAAGCUUUUGACAGAACGCAGUUUCCUGGUUGACAAUAAAAAUAUUUAUGUUGUAAUUAUUUUAAAGUCAGACAAAGCGGGAUACUGUUGAGUUUAAAUAUGGCUUUAAGUUAAAAGUAUGUCAGCCGAUAUACAGUACAGUACCUAUGAAACGUAUUCAUACUAUUGGAGGUUUUAACUUUUUUAUAACUGUUCAUAAUUUUUUUUAUUUUUUAACCCUUUAAUGUCAAAGUGAAAUCAGAUUUUUACCAAAUAAUAACAAACAGAUGAAAACUAUUUAACGUUAACAUAAAUAUUCUCUUUUAAAGUUAAUCAACAGAGGUCCAUCCAUUUGAAGUCUCACAAUCAGUGGAAUGGAGAUCAUCUGAGUCACGUUUAAGGUCCAAUCGCUGGUUAAUCACUAUUUAAUUGAUCAUGAUUGAUGUGUAACAGCAAUAAAAGGGCAAAACAUUUAUUAUUUUUAAUUAUCUGGAAAGUACUUUUAGUUAUAUUCGUAUAUUUUUAUUUGUGUAGUUGCAAAUUAAGCCAAAAGUCUGAAGUACCUGUCCGAUAAAUCGCUGAUGAUGUUCUGAUUUCUUUUGUGCUCUGAAAUAUAAUUUAGAAAUUUAGCUUUGAUUUCUUGAAUAUACUCAGAAUUCCUCAAAAAAUAUAAUUAUAUUUACUUUUUUUUAUGAUUUAAAAUUAUUUGAAGUUGAGCUGUGAAGAUAAAAUCUCUACGAUUUACCCACCAGUGUAAAGCAAAAUAAGAAAACUGUCAAUAAAAGUAAAAUCAUCACUAAGUUCAAACUAAAUAUUUCAUAUCAUCACCUUCCAAAAAUAAUGGCAUAAGUCAUUUUUGCCAAAAGUUAUUUUUUUGGUUGUUUGUUUUUUUGCCUAAAUCAUCUUUCAACAAAAAAGUGGUGAUUUUUGCAAAAAGAAGAAUCACUUUGGCGAUGAUAUGUCAACACACUCAGUUAUUACACACAAGCUCCUUAUUUGGUACCAAUUGAGACGGAGAACAGGCACAAGGGGAGGACCAGAGCAGAAUCUGGAGCUGUUCUUAUUUUAUAUGCAAAUAUCACAUAAUUUCAUUUCAGUUGUUCAUCCUGCCUUCUGCUGAGUGUCUGCUACACAGCGGUUUGUUAGCUAAUCCAUGUCUCCUGUUGCCUAUUUGACCCUAAUGUGUGUGUGAUGUCAUUGUGAUGUCAUCUGAACCCACCCACUACAUGUCUCUGUGAACAUCUGCACCCACCUGACACGUAAAGAGACGCAACUUUCACCUGUAGUUUCUAAAACGCGCCACAGUUUGAUGUAAAAAUGGCUGAUAAGGAUACGGCAAGUCAGUACGUCACAUAAUGUCGCAUUUACAUCAUCUGAUAGGAUCUAAUUGGCUCACUGAAAUAUGUGGUGAAUGUAAUAAUCUCACAAGACACUAAUUAUCCCCAGCUGCUUCAAUAAGUAGCACCUGGUGGUGAUUUUAUUUCUCUGAAUGCAAAACACGUCGACCUCAUUCUCACCUCAUUCUUUCUAGUUUGCGAUCAAAGGUGCUGAUUGGUUGAUUGAAGAAGAAAUGGAGAAAAAAGUGACUUCUCAUUGAGAGGAAUUGUUCAAAUUGGGGGGGGAAAGUAAAUGUUAAUUAGGCCAAAAUUAUGGAAGAGGAUAAGGGCCA